CUUUAUUUUAUUGUAUGGGUUAUUCUAUGUUUUAUUCUAUGGGUUAUUCUUUUGGUGUGUAAAUCUGUUGAUUUACAUAAAUACUGAGGAGAAACCAUGUGUCCCUGGGUCACCCUAUGUCUGGGCUAGUUUAUGGUGAAUAAUCAGGUGUUUCUAAGAGUAUAUUAUAUGUGAAUGGUAAAUGUGUUUUUGCAUAAGUAUGCUGCCUCCCCCUGAGACAGGCGUGGAGAGUUGAGUCAGGGGUCAAGGGCUCCCAUUAUGGAAGGCCACCCUUGAACAAGUUUGGUAAUGGCCUUGCCUAGGGGCACAUCACGGCUCUGGGAUUAUCUCCUGACCAUUUGUUUCUUUUAUGAAAUCGGUCUUUAAACAAUAUUUCAGGUUUUUAACCGUUUUUAUGAAAAGUAAUCUAAAAAGCAAUAUUACAUUUAAUGUAAGAAAAACUAAAAUCCACUUUCAAUGAAGGACUUCGCUAAAACUAGGUUGUUGGUGAUCUCGGGUAGUUUACUGAUCUCUCUGUCUACCGUCGUUGGAUUGCGUCGUCUUGGCGUGACACAUCUGGCUCCUCCUGUGAUAUCUCAAGCUGUGAACUGGCAGCAACUGGUGGUGUGUCACCUUCAAGCUCUAUUACUCAUAGUGUUCUGUACUACUGUAAAUAGAUGACCCGGUGGAUCAGAUGAUCAAUGAACCGGACAAGCUGCUUACAGCAGAACAACAGGACAGGCAUCCAGAACCUGACUGGGUAAGAAGAGAGCACAGGCACUCCAGAUGGUUUUCUCUCUCUUACACACCCCAUUUCAUCUUCUCACUCUUUCUGUUUCACCACUCCCCCUAUCUCUUCAUAGCCCCCUCUCUCCAUAUCUCUUCUUCACAUCCCUCUUUCUCUACAUCUCUCUCCCCUUUCGACAGAAGGUUUAUCAGGGUGGGGGUAGGGUCGCACUAGCCAAAGAGGCUCAGUCUGAGGGAUUAUCAGUGUGCUACACACACACACACACACACACACGCUCCAAACCCCACUGUUUAGGCUGAAUGGGAAAUCUGAUCAAACAUUAAACCCAACUACCCCUCCUCACACACACACACACACACGUGCGCACGCAGACACACAAACACACACAUACACACACAGACAAGAAUACACAUGCCCCAGAUCCCAAUCGCAGAUCAAGGCUUUAAACAAUGUUGUAAACAUCAGUAUGGCCCACAUCGGGACACACCACCCACCCAGAGAGACGGAUGGAGCCAGAGGGAAACAGCACCCAAACAUCAAGACAUUAACCUAACCAUGGACUCUGUCUUGACUGGAAUUCUACUGUCCAGGGAGAAAGUGCCAUCAAUAUAAGCGAGGAGAAACCUGUAAUGUUUUGACCGUAGCCUGAAAGGAAAGUAGAACAGGAGAUUUGUGUGUGUGUGUGACAUAACCGGAGGAGCGGAUGAAACUGUGGCGAUGAGACCUAGCAGACAUCAGCCGCUGGAACACUGAGAAACACACAGAGGACACGCUCACUCAGAUGGAGGAAGAUAUUGUCUGUCAGAUGUUAGAAGAGAGGAGGAAGAGGAGGAUGAGAAGGAGGUCUGGUGUGGAGGAAGAUGACCGCAGCUCCGCGGCGAGCGGCGUUGACGUGGCGGACCGCCUGACAUACCUGGAGCAGAGGAUGCAGAUGCAGGAAGACGAGAUCCAGCUGCUGAAGAUGGCCCUGGCAGAUGUCCUCAAAAGACUCAACAUCUCCGAGGAGCACCAGGCCGUCAACUCCAAGAAAGGACCUGCUGGGAAAGUAGCGAGGCCAUUAUCUUUGGCCCUGCCGUCCAGACCAUCAGUUAACAGCCCCGUUGCUCUGAAAAAGAGCUCCACCACCUCCACGCUGCCCUCUACCCCGACCGCACGGAACUACAGCCCCUUGCCACCAUCAGCGUCAGCCAAGAGUGGUGUGAAGAGUCCGGCUGGCAGUGUGAAGGAGAUUCCGUGUACCUCUAAGAUGGCUCGGCAUGGCCCCCGACUUGGCCCCUUGGCCUCCUCGGCAGCCCCCAGCAGCAAGAAAGCUGAGAGCAAAACCAAGGAGCCUGCAGCCAACGCAGGGUCGAGGCGUGUGACACAUUGUAAAGUGACUAUGCAGAUCUAUCUGAGCCCCCUAACAAGAAGGACUGGGUCUUCUGAAGCAGCUAAAUCCGCCCCCACAGUCCCAAACUCCAGACCCACCAGAACCCCCACCCCCCCAGAAUCCAAAGGAGGCCCCCACACCUCGGACCGCAACAAUUCAGAGACACCCAAAAAAGCACCUCCCCCAUUCACCCUCCCCCUGCAGAAAAGCAACAAUGAAAUCACAUAUUCUCCUCUGGAUGCGUCCAAUUACAAAAGCCCCCUCAAAUCACCAAGCCAAUACUUUCAGAUCUGUUACUAGGCAAUAGACUUGGGAUAGAUGUUUCGCUAACCACUGGUCUGGGCUCAGAUAUAGUUGGUUUCGGUUAGAAUUGAGAAGAGGGUAAUCUGAUUUUAGAUCUGUGGUUGAGUGUAGGCCUGUACGCUUACUGUUUUUGAGAAAUUCGGAAGAUGUUUGUGUUCAUAGCAACGUGAAGGAUUUAGAAGUGGAGGUUGUCAGUAAUGACCGAGAUCGGCUUAUAGUUUAAACGUUUUGGUUUUGCGGUUUUUGUUUGACCACCAAGAAAGAGAAUAGGGAGUUUGUUUUAUUUCAUAGAACCUUCCACGCUUCUCUUGUUCCUCUUGUUUAAUCUAUUAAGUAUUUCUGUCUCUGUCAACUGAAAGUUUUCCCCCCUGUUUCUGUUUUAUUGUCUUUGUCUCUGUUGAGUCAAUAAACAUUUUAGUAACUACC